AAGAAACAAAAAAAAGGAAAUUAUUAAGAAAAUUUUAAAAGGAUACCUCAUAGUUGUAUUAUUAUUUUGAGCUCUGUAAGUUGGAACAUUUUAAGUGAAAAUAGGUGGAGGCGACGAAGACGCUGGCUCUGGCUCAAGUCAAAUUAUUUUGAAAAGCAAGGCGCCAAACAUGGCCCAAUUCCCGCCCCUUCCCGACCGGGACGCUCCCUAUAUUUCUUCUCUCUCCCGCUCUCUCUCUCUCUCUCUCUCCCUCUACAGUCUCCGAAGUGAAACCACCAAAUGCAGGGCCACCAGCCGCACCCCGCCACUCUCGGCGCCGACUACUCCACUUCCGGCGCCGAUCAACCCAAGAGAGGCAAAAAGCGGGGCGGCUAUAACUGUGGCCGUUGCGGUCUCCCCAAGAAAGGCCAUUCCUGUCAUGUUCUGCCCACCACCCCCACCCUCACCGCCGCCGCAUGCGCGGCGUCUUCCCCUCUCUCGUCUGUCCGCCCGCCGUCGCUGCCCCGCCAGACUCAUCCUCAAAUCCGGAGAGCGCUUUCUUUCGACGACAUUGAUGCCCGGGACUUGUCCGAGUCUGACGACGACGGGGACGACGGUGCGCCUGAGUUGGAGGUCGAAAUGGGAUCCGGUCAGUUUCCGGUGAGUUGUUUGUGGGAGGUGCUGAGGAGGUUGCCGCCGCCGGCGCUGCUAUCCGCGGCGAAGGUGUGUAAGGGGUGGAGGGACACGGCUAGGAGGGUUUGGAGGGCGGCGGAGGAGCUGAGGCUUAGGGUUCCGGCGAACGCUCAUCUUGGAUUUGUUGGAUUGGUGCUGAAGAAGUGUCCGGGGCUUGUUAGGCUCUCUCUUAGGAUGGAAAGUGAUGUGGAUGCAACAAUGCUGGCUUGCAUUGCUUUCUCUUGUCCUAACCUGAAAUCCAUGGAGGUCUUCACAUCUGGUACUUCAGUCAACCGGAUAACUGGGGAUGAAUUAGGCCGUUUUGUUGCUGAUAAAAGAUGUCUUACGAGCCUGAAGAUGGAAGGUUGUUCUAACCUCAGCAGUUUUGUUCUUUGUUCAUCUAGUCUUUCUAUAUUUUGGCUUUCAGGGCUUCACUCCCUCUCUAAGACGGUUUUCAACUGCCCCAAUAUGAAGGAGAUUUCCCUAGAUUUUUCCCGCCAAGAAAAUGACAAUACUGACCUUACUGCAAUGGUGGAUGGUAUGGGAAGAGGCUGCCCAAGGCUACAGAACAUACGCAUAGCAUCAGUUCGACUUUCUCAUUCUGUUGUGCUAGCUCUAACAGCAGCAAAAUUGAGAGGGUUGCAAAUGCUUUCUCUUGUUCUUGGAUCAGAAAUUACUGAUGCAUCUGUGGCAGCAAUUUCUUCGACCUACUCAAACCUAGAAUUGCUUGAUUUAAGUGGCUCCAGCAUCAGUGACAGUGGCAUUGGAAUGAUCUGCAAUGUGUUCCCUGAAACAUUAUCAAGCCUUCUUCUUGCUCUCUGUCCCAACAUUACUUCAAGUGGAAUCCAAUUUGCUGCAGCUCAACUGCCUUUUCUUGAACUCAUGGAUUGUGGAAUGACCAUAUGUGAUUCCAGUCCCGAGAGUCAAAUAUCUGAAGAAUGCUCUGACAUUGUGUUGCAGAAAACUCCAAACAGCAAGCUGCACCUUAUUUACCAGAAGCUUAUAAUCAAGCACGGCAGACUGAAAAAGCUAAGCUUGUGGGGUUGUUCUGGCCUGGAUGCUUUGUAUUUGAAUUGCCCAGAACUCAAUGAUUUGAAUCUAAAUUCUUGUGCCAAUUUGCACCCUGAGAGAUUGCUACUUCAGUGUCCAAAUCUGGAAAGUGUGCACGUGUCUGGUUGCCAAGAUAUUCUAGUUGAAGCCAUUCGAGAUCAGGUUUGUAGUGAAUUGGUUGGUGCAGAGAGCUAUUAUCCUCGUAAGCGAUUAGCUGAUAGUUCUAAGAGAGUCCGGGUCCCACUUUUUGUCAGCCAACAGGAUUGUGGCGGCGGCGACAAGGGAAUGAGGUUAUUCAAGCGACAAUGUGCUGUAAUUGUGGAUUAAUGGAAGAUGUGCUCUUUGUAAUCUAAACAUGGAAGUCAUUUCUUGGUGUUUGCCAUCUUAUAAUUGAAGGGCAUAUAACUAUCUUUUUUUUUUUUUUGGGGGGGGGGGGGGGGGGGGGCUCAAAUUGUUGUUCAAAUUCUAGUGGGUAAUGCCUUAUUCCUUCGUCACAAUCCCACCCGUUUCUUACAUUUUCAAAACCGUGGGGUUGGCAAAACUUCUUCUGAUCAGGGUUCUUGUUUAUUAAAUUAAAUCCAUUAGCCUUUAAAUUAAUAAAUUAUUCAGCUGUUUCAAUAAGUUGUUUUUUUCUUCAAUUAUUUUUCUUCUCUUAGCUUAUGCCA